UGGGAUUCAACGUGCAGAGAGGGCCCAGAAUGGCGCGGGCCAGCCUCGCGAUGCCCGGAGUGCACGUGCCGCCUCUGCCUGUCGCACGUGAAAUAGAUGUCACAAAACUUGCAUAUCUUUUCAAUAAGCAGCUAAGGAACAGCGACGUAGGAGUCUUGAGAAGGAUGAUCCUUCCAAAGAAAGAAGCUGAGAAAUAUCUUCCUGUCCUUCAAUCAAAAGAAGGAAUUGCGAUAAGCAUGCUCGACAUGGAUGGAAUUCACGAGUGGUGGUUCAAGUACAGAUUCUGGCCGAACAACAGCAGUCGGAUGUACGUGCUUGAGUACACCGGGGAAUUCGUGCACGUUCAUGGUUUGGUAACCGACGACUUCAUUCUCGUCUACCAAAACGUCGAAGACGGAGGAUAUAUCAUCGAGGCAAGAAAGAAAGGGAAAGAUCUUGCACCAAGGAUGUCCGACAAUCUUGCGAUGAUUGGAGCAGCACCCGAGCUGGACCUCCUCGAACUCCCUGAUCUAGAUUACACUGAGAUGGUGUAUGCGUAUGACAACGAGUUCUUGGACGACUCUCCCCUCAACUACACGGGGGACUCGAUCAACUUACCAAACCUCGGAUCGGACUCCUCUUCCGAAGCCAAAAAUAAUGAAGACUCCGACUUCGACUUCGGGUUGUGA